GGAAUAGCCGCUCUUACAAGUGUGACCUUCGCAAUUGUUAUAAUUUUCGUAAAUGUCGUUGUGCAUUAUUUGUCGAUGGAGGGUGUCCGUACAGUGACGCUUAAGUCGAAUUCCUCUUUUAGUGCGGCACAACGCCGUGGUGAUCACAUUGAAACUCACAAACGAUGGGCUGCUGGUCAAAACAAGCAGCGGACCAUCGAGAAAAACACAGCUAAACUAGAGGAGGAUACAGAGGAUUUGCACAAUGAUUUGGUUGACAUGGAUGUUGGUAAGAUUAUAAUGCAGGCAAGACAGGAGAAAAAUUUGACACAGAAAGACUUGGCUACCAAAAUUAACGAAAAACAACAGGUAUUAUAUUCAGUGUUUGCUCAUUGCUGCAGGUAAUUGCAGAGUACGAACAAGGUCGUGCAGUAAAAAACCAAGCUAUUAUUUCGAAACUAGAGAGGGCUCUGGGAGUUAAAUUGAGGGGUAAAGACAAAGGAAAGCCCUUGGGAAGUUCGAAGAAAAAUUAGUCCAGAGCUUUAUAAUCUCUCACCUUUGUCAAACAUUGUUAUACUCUCUAAAUGACCUAAAGUGAUAUGUACAUUAACCUUUAUAAAAUAGAUUGUCAUUUUACGACUAAAUCAAUAGGCUGCUCUGGACUUGCUGCUGCGUAUCUGAAUAUAAUUAUUUCCUGACGUAUUUUUAUUCUGUCAUUGGCAACUGCCGUUAAUGACACCCCAUAUUGGCUAUUGUAAGUGGAUAAAGGAGAUAUUAGAUCCCAGACCAGUCUGUGCAUUUCAUUAUCAAUCAAACUUUUAUUAUUGGUAAGCUCGAGAUUUUAACAAUGUAUUCCGUGAAAUGUGCCCACCGUAACUGCGAUCGCAAAUCCCGUGUAAUUAGUGGUUGUAAGCAUCCCAACAACUUUAGUAAGCAAAGAAAUCAAGUUGUUUAUGCUGCAUCUUAUUAGGAAGUCUGUAUAUUGGGUCUAAAAAAAGUGUUCCAGUUACCACCUAAAGUUGAUUUGUCAUGUCUUUAUGGUGCUUUUUAUCCCUUAACAUUAUACAGGGCAAUAAGUCGUGAACUAUUUUCCAUACUAGUAUAUCUACUAGUAGUUGAUUUAAAAAAUAUUCGCGUAUUGGGUAGGAGGUAAAGUCUUGUUUAUUUCGAUCGUCCGGAUAACUUUUAGGAGGCAAAUUAUUGAAGUACACUCAAUAAAAUUCAUUUUUGAUGUGGAGUAUGCUUGUUACAGAAAUUUGCUGCUUGUUUGCGUUACAUAACAGUUAAAAUAUAAAAAGGACUAAAAGAGAAGUGAUAUACGACUCCCGUAGCUCAGUGUAUGGAAAGUGACGGCGUAUGUAAGUAUUUGUAGUUCGUAUUUGUAUUCAGUUUGAUUGAAAAUCUACGUGGAGUUUCAGUCUCUAUUUUGUGCGAUGCAUCUCGGCUCCUGACAAUUUAUUCGGGGACGUGUUCGCUUGUUCUCAUCAAUGGUUGUCACCCUCCAGAGGAUUCUAAUAUCUAUUGUUCUGCAUUCAAUAAUGGUUGUGAUCUCGAUCUGUAGGUAAUAUUAUUACGAUCUUUCUGAAAGUGGUCAUGAAUGUCAUCGUAACUAUGUAACAAAGGUUAUCACACUAGUAAACCGUGUCUUGUAACUAACAUUUCACAAAGAAUUGUUAUCCCGUAAAUUCCAGGCUACUAUGGCUAUAUGAAAGUGUUUAUAGCUAACCGCUUGUGGUCAUUCUGAGUGGUAACGCUACUCUACCACUUAAUGUAUUGCUGAUCCGUAAUGUUUGUAACUUGAUGAAUAAUUACCUGUAAGAAACUUUUCGAGCUAAGUAAUGACAUGUACAAGACCACCUUUUUAUAAGCACCAUUUAGUAAAUAUGUGUAGAGAAAGAUCUCACCAUGUAUAUUGCUAAGAUAAUUUCACUAACUCCAAAAGUUAGUGGCAAAAUAAAGUCGAUAUUACUUACAAAUAUAAUUAUAACCCACUUAUUAGGCUUUUAUUCAUUCGCCUUUAUUUGGUUCAGAUGCUCAAGUUAAAGGGCUUAUUUACAUUAUCCUGAUCGCACAACAAAUACGUGGGAUUUGAGCAUGCUUUCUACCCAGAAAAAUAAUUACAGUAACUCGACAAUACAAUACCGAAACUCGUUUCACAUAUCUACCAAAACUGUCAAUGAAACCAAAUAAGGCAUCAAAGACAAAAGUUGGGAUAACUGCUUUUGUAGUUGUAUGAUGCACAAAAAACAGCAUCGUUAAAAUAAAUCCAAUUAGAAUACUAUUUAGUUAAGACGUCUAUUGUCUGGUCAUUGAUCAUUCGAAAACUGAGUGGAACUAGUAAAAUGAUAUCUUAUUUAAGAGGAAAACAAACAGUCACUAUUACGUCAAUGGAACUAAUUUAAGUGUAAUCAGUUUAACAAAAACUGACUAGCCCAAUUAUACGAGGUUCCUGGUCCUAUAUACAAAAUGAAGUCAAUUUUUAGAUACUCUUACUCGCCUAAUAGUAACAUCUUUUUCCACUAGCUGGCUAGUAAGGAAAUUUGUUGAUAUAAUUUUCUGAAAAUAAGACUCAUUUGCUUCUGUGCUACCUACAAACAACCAAUGUGCGGGUAUUGCCCCUGUUCAUCAAUCAAAUCCUUCAAGUAUUGGAAGCGAUUUUCUACGUCAACGGAUGAUUAGACCUCCGCUUAGUAAUAGUUAGUCGGUCACAGUCUACAUCGGAAUUUUUCAAGGUUCUCUCGCCAUCAUAAAAUAAAUUCUGUACGUUCUCCAACAUAUCCAUAAUAAAAUGGGAAAACUGAACGUCAUCUAAAUAUCAUAAAUCGGGUACGUCUAAAAUAGAAUGGGGAGAGAAUUGCACAAGUUUUGGCAAACCUGUAAGUAGUCCGCUAUUCAGUAAAGAAUGGUGUUAAACACUCGAAUACAACUUAUUCUAAUGAAAUCAGUUUUAAAGUUCACGUUAGUUCAUGGUAAUUUUCGUUCAGUUAACUUUCGGUGCACUUUUAUUUUCACAAAUUAAUUCAAUGUGUGGUUUCUGUCCAUUUGAGUUUCGUUCGUCUGGCCUUCAUUUUACCUCUAUUAAUUAAUUCACAGUGAUGUUUCUUUCAAGUGUUUUUCCACAUUCAUAAACUUUAAUAAUCACUGAACGUUAUUGGUAUUUUAAUGGAUUAGUUUGAAUACCGGUUCAUCUUUGGUCUCUACCAAACAAAUGUUUCUUACAAGAUUUGUGUUUUGGAGUAGCCGUACUGAUCUUAUGUUCCCAACCAGCCGAUACCACAAGUAAUUUGGGUUGUUAACCCGUUCCAUAGCUGAUCAUCAGUCAGGAGUCGUAAGUUACCCUUAGGCAGGUUUUGUUUAGAUCCACUAUAAACAUACUGGGUAUUUACUGCUUUAGUGUGGAUAUUGGGCAUCAAAUUCACAAAGUACUAUGUUCCAAAAUGCAUUCUCUAUUAUCAUAUGGUUCUGAAGGCCUUAUUUCAAGCACGGGUCUUUUGUGUAAUGAGUAAUAUAUAUGUUAACUUUUGUUGAAAGUGUGUAGCUAUCAUUGAUACCAUCCAGCGUACUAGGACCUUAUGUUGUGAUGUCAUCAGUCGUAGCUUAUGACAUUUAUCAAACUGACCAGUCAUGGAAAUUAUGCCCACUGAACAACUGUUAGAGUUUUUUUCGUGGAAGUGAACCAACAAUAGUUCUAACUAUAGAUAAUCAAUCUGGUAAACUUAUAGAAUUUCGAAACAAAUUCUUAUGUUUGUAGAGAUUUUUACUUGGACUCCAUGCGUUGGAUGUACAACUAGAAGACAGUUGAGUGCUUUAUAGUUUAAAUUGUUUUUUAACUUGUGAAAUUUAAUUACCUGCUAAAUAAAAGCAUUUUGAAGUUUUUUUAAAAAUAAAGAUUGAUUUUUUCAUC